GAACAUUCUGCCAGGUAUUCAUCAGUCUUCAUCAUUGACUUGUCUGUAGUCAGAAGAUAGCUGUGCAGCAUGGACCUCAGUACAUUUUGUCAAUCCUUGGUGGUUCAUUGAAUACAACUGGUGAUCCUAUAGCAUCUAAUGUUAGACCCGGAUAUCUAAGCCUACUUUUGCAUGGUGAUAUACUUGACAAGGCAGAGGGUGAUUGUGCUUCUGAAGGUCAUCAGAGACUCCGACACAACAGAGUCCAUUCUGCCUGGCGAACACGAAUUGGAUAUACCGAUCGGGGUGUCUGAAGUGGAGGAUACAUCGAGUAGGCCUACCCCCACGGGGUCUACAGCCGCUACAGCGGGGGUAUCAUCCGACGUCCGUAUCUAUCACAAAGCAACUGAGAAGCGUCGUCAUUGUGAUGUUGAAGAUGAUCUAACCGAAACUGAGGGGUCUGCUAAGCGGUUAUAUGUGGGUGUUCAAGAAACGAUUGAUCUGACUACAACGGAUGACGCUAUAGGCCUUGGAGACGCAUCUAUCAACAACGGGGUUGCUUAUUCAAAGGACUAUCGACCUAUUGUCAAGACUCAAUCAGAGGAUAUCAACCGCGUGGAUUUAUGGACUGAUACACAACUUGAAACAUGGGAUAUUAAUGGAACGGAUUUUGAUGACAUAUCUGACUGGGAUAUACUAAACGCUGUGGAAGCCAACGAAUCCUGUGAAGUUCAUAAAAGGUCAGUUUUAACGGUUGUUGAUGACUUGGGGUCGGCUGGGCCCUCUGUAAGUAAUGCUGUGUGUGAUGUAAACUCAGGUCACUAUAAGUACACAGAUGCAGAAUCAGCCUUGGAUACUGUUGUGUUGAUGCUAAAUGAUGCUAAGCCAAAAUGUGGUGAACGUUUAAAUACACACAUGACUCGUAGUGCUACCGGUGUAGUAGAUCCAUGCGGCAAUGCAUUAGAUCUGGUUGUUGGUGCUAUGAAAAUUCUGCAUGAGGUCUGCAGAGAUAAUCACGUCGCUACCAAGAAUCAUGCAAAGAAUUUCGCAGUUGUUAUGGAUGGUAUACAGAGCAGGGAUGAUACUUUUAUGUUGAUCUAGACUUUGUUAAAAACCCUAUUAUGAUAGAUUGUCUAAGGGCUUUUUUGUUUUGAUUUGUAGCCUUUAGGUUUCUUUUUUUUUCUAUUGCUGUUUUUAUUUUUUAAUUAUUUUUAUACUAGUUAUGAUUGUACACGUGUGGUAGGCUAUAUAUGCGUAAUUUAGUUUUAAAAAGUCUUGAAUAAUUUGCUGAGUAAUCACAGAGUAGCAAUGCCUCCGCCACAUAAACGCUCUAGAAAUGAUGAAUCAAACAGCGGGGGUGACGACAACGAGCCGUCUGAUAAACGUACAAGAGAUGGCUACCCUGACAGUGUUAACACUCUGCAAACAAUGGUUGCUCAGCUUGAAAGCCAAGCUGCUAGAUUCGUACAAAACAUUGACCGGGACAAUCCUAUUAUCAAGCGCAUGAAACAGAAUUUGGAUACAUAUCACAGGAGAUGCAUAGAUUCAAACACCACACAGCCAUCCAUUAGUCAGAGACCAAUACAUGACCCUAUUAACAUGCCCCAUCCUUACUUUCAGACAAAUAAUGUUACACAUGGGCCACUCCCAAUAGAUACACCAGUUGAUGGGCCCUCAGUAUGCAUGGAUGUGUUAGCUGGAGGUUCUGGGGUGCAAAAAGGCACUGGUGGUGAUAUGCAUGACAAGGUUCCCACAGUAAGCAUGGAUGUACAACCUGGCGGGUCUGGGUUGCAAACAGGUACUGGCGGUGAUGUACAUGAUAGGUCUCCUACAUCUAUUUUACAAGAUGAGCCCUCGGUGAGUGUGGAUGUGACCCCUGGCCGUUCUGGUGUACAGCCCUGUGACGGUGGCAAUGUUGGACAUGACACGGCCCCUGAUUACAAUUUAGACCGUGAUGCCAUAGAACGCUUAGCGAAUGAGGGUGGUGUUGUUGGUGAUUACAGAGUUAUAGCCAGGCCCCGUUUCAACAGUAUGGAACUAAGUAGGCCGCUAAAUUUUAGGGGCAUGCGUGAUACUGACAUGGCUUCAUACAUAGAACACUGUUACGCUAUCUUGAACGAUAUUGUGGAUUUCUCAAGGAGAUUAGGUGGGGAAAAUGCAGUUAUCAACAUUGUGUUAAGGGGUGAAAGUCUUACUACCGAUGUACAGGCUAAAUUGACAAAUGAAAAUGGUUAUGCUUUGGACCGGUUGAUUGAAGCUAUUGAGAGGGUGUUACAGAGUAAUACGAUGCUCUUGGCCGAUCAGAGUCUGGAUCUCCUCGUCUCUAUAGUGCGCAGUGGAAACGGUGGUGGUUAUAGGAAGCUGAAGGAUUUGGCUCAUGAUGAGGUCAUCAGGAAGAAAAAAAUAUGUUUGUUCACGCCUGCUAAUGACUCAAACAAUGCCUGUUUAGCUAUUUGUCUGGCUCAUUUUUUGAACCCUGAUGCCACAGCCGAUAGAUUAUUGGAGCUGGGGGCUGACAUGCAUGAGCAUGCGGGGUUCACGCCUCAGCAGCAAAUAGGUUUUGCUGAUGUGGCCGUGUUUGAGGACAUGUAUGAUGUUAAAAUUGUGGUCUUUUACCGAACCCCCCUACAUGAGUUGCUGACGUAUCAGACUAGGGUGACACCCAACCCUAAGAAAACUGUUUAUCUGUACCUCCAUGACAAUCAUUACCACCGGAUUUUGCGCCCCAA